AUGUGCAGCGGCGGUCCGCUUCCAGGGUCACACUGCAGCGUCAUAGCCAUCCUCUACCCAGGAGAUCUGCUGAAGGCUGAGGGACAGGUCUGCAGGACCUCGAUCCGGCACAUCGACCCGCAUACCGGGAAACUGAAGCACCGCGACGAGGCCGUCCGCGUGCUGAAAAAGUGCCAGACACACAGUGUGUCGGACGAGAAGGUCGGCACCGGCAUGCUUGCUGCGACGUCGUUCGGGUGGGUGGCCAAGCAGGUUGACCUGCUGACGGGCGAGAAGGGUCGUGGUGCGACAGACGGCGCCCCAAGCAGCAGUUUCCGCCCAGCAUCGGGGGACGCGAAGGUGUCCGCGGAAGGAGGAAACGGUGGUGGAGGAGGCAACGCUGCGACAGGUGGAGGAAGGAAGGAAGAGGAGGAUUCGGAGGAGGAUUCGGAGUCGGAGUCGGAGUCGGAGUCUGAGGAGGAGGCGGAGAAGCGGAAGGACGAGGACGAGGAGGAGGAGGGAGGAGGAGGAGGAGAAGGACGAGAGGGAAUGACGGCCAUGAGGAGGAGCAAGGGAAGGAUGAGGGAAGGGAAGGAUGGGGAGGGGAAAGGAAGGAUGAGGGAAGGGGGACGGGGGGAGGGGUGGGCGAAGGAAGGAUAG